AUGACAUCGUUGCCGGUGGGUCCAAGCUCUUCGCCGCUUUUCGGCAAAAAAGUCGGAGCGAAACCAGAGCGUUCUCCCAUCAUUCAACCAUCACCUCCAACUAGAGCCCCUUCGUUAUCCCCAUCCAAACCGCCCAAAAUGGUCAAGCUCACUGAAGUCGAAGACGAGCACUUCACCGACAAGCCCACUGCCCCCAAGCACGAUGCUCUCCUGGUCUCCGAUGAUGAGGAUGACUACUCAGACACUGACUCUGAGAUCUCCGACGAAGAGGAUGACGACCUCGAGGCCGAGUCGCUCUACGAGCGUGUCGCCGCUCUGAAAGACAUGAUUCCCCCCUCCGCCCGCCGCACUGUCUCCAGCACCGUCUCUUCCAUCACAGACCUCACCAAGGCCAGCUUCUCAUUCAGCGGCAAGGCUCUCUGGAUUAUCAGCACCAGUGCUUUCCUGCUCGGUGUGCCAUUCGCCUUGGCCUACGCCGAGGAGGAGCAGUACAUCCAGAUGGAGCGCGAGCAGGGAAUGAUCAAGGGAGCUAACGAGAUGCUCACCCCCGGCUCCGAAACCGAGAAGGUGGCUCAACCCACUCUGUAAAUUAAUACCACUUCGGAAAGCAGAGAGAUUGGCAAAUGAUCCAGCAACAUGAUUAUCGACCACGAGACUUGGUUUAUGCAAACAGCAUACCCAAGCCGAUGGCGAUGUG